UUUAAAAAUGGUCUUUCUGUUAAAUUGCAGAAUGCUAAAGCCCUGAAGGCCAAGAAGGAAGAGGGAAACAAGGCUUUCAAAGAAGGAAAUUACGCUGAAGCUUUUGACCUGUAUUCUGAGGCACUCACCAUUGACCCAAACAACAUCAAAACUAAUGCCAAGCUCUACUGCAACCGUGCCACUGUUGGAUCAAAGCUAAGUAAACUGGAACAAGCCAUAGAUGAUUGCACCAAGGCCAUCAAGCUGGAUGAAAGCUACAUCAAGGCCUACUUGAGGAGAGCUCAGUGUUAUAUGGACUCUGAGCUGUAUGAGGAGGCAGUGAGGGACUAUGAGAAGGUUUAUCAAACAGAGAAGACAAAAGAUCAUAAGCAUCUGUUAAAAAAUGCCCAGUUGGAACUGAAAAAGAGUAAAAGGAAAGAUUACUACAAGGUGUUGGGUGUUGACAAAAAUGCCACUGAGGAUGAGAUCAAGAAAGCUUACCGAAAGCGUGCACUUAUGCACCAUCCAGACCGUCACAGUAGUGCAAGUGCCGAGCUUCAGAAGGAAGAGGAAAAGAAGUUUAAGGAGGUCGGCGAAGCCUUUACUGUGCUCUCUGACCCAAAGAAGAAAUCCCGCUACGACAGUGGUCAUGAUCUAGAGGAUGAUGGCGGCAUGGGAGAUGUGGAUGCUAACAACAUAUUCAAGGCGUUCUUCGGCGGACCUGGAGCUUCUGGACCUGGGAAUUUCUUUUUCCAGUUUGGCUAAGGAGGAACGAAGUCAUACGCUAUUAUCCUCAUCCUGAUAUUGAGUUUAUAUGGACUGCCUCACAGCCACAGCCCUAAAUCCUCUGCCAAGCCAGUCAUCUCAGAACAUCAACCAGGAGUCUUUAAAUUUCAUACAAACCAUGCAUAUGCGUCUGUGUGAAGUCUCUACUUGGAGGCAAUCACAGAAAAUCACGGAUUUCUGUAACCCAUACUCAUUCCAUAUCAGUGCUGUGAGAACUAGAUAGUGUGGCAUAUGUUAUCUAUUUAUGAAGUUUGUUUUUGUUUUAUUUUUUGGUAACGAUAUGCAUCCCUAAUGAAUGUUCAUGAAAAAUACUGUCAUUGAGUUGUUGGCCUUUUUUGUUGGUAAUUUUUAUUGUGUGAGGGUAAGUGUCAUUUCUUGCAUCUUCUCACACCUUUUUAAAACUUAUGGUUUCAGCUGUUUUGGCACAGCUUUAUGGUAUAAAAGGAGGAUUUGUGAUAUGAAGAAAAGAAGCACAGCACUAGAAGAGGAUUUAAGUGUUAUGCAUUAUGAGCCCUUGUUAUUUGUCUCUGUGUGCUUUCCUGACCACCUCUGAGUGGGUGUUCUGUAAGCAUGCCCUGAAACCUGUCAUGUAAAAGGCGUGCCACACAGCUUAGUUAAGAGAUUAAAUAAAAUAGGUAAAACAGGUGGUUGAAAACAA